UACGUCGACGUGCAUUGGCAGACAGCAGUGCGGCUCUUCAAAGCUCAGUUAAGCCUUGCUGACCACAAGGUGUAUAGUUGCGACUCAGUGACCCGAAACGACCCCAAUGUUUACGUAGUAAGGUAGAUAUUUCUCACCUUUUUUCUAGUUCGAGCAACUGAACUAUCUGUAAUUUCUUUGAGCCACAUUGACCUCCAGCCUAAAUAUUGUUGGUUUUGCGACUUGAUAUGUUGUGUCCUCAGAACGUAUGAAUGUGUUACUUUUACCACUUUCUCCAUGUAAACGUACUGUUGUACUUAAACACACUCCGAUCGAAUACGUAACGCAAUAUCUAAUGUUGCUAAUAGUCAUUGUUGUAAGCUUCUUGCCCAUGGGGUCCCUGCUUACUGUCAACAUUUAAACAAUUGGUUGGCACAAAGGUAACGGGUAGAAUUUUCAACGUAAGUACGAUCCUCUCACAAUCCCCCAUGGCGGUUGGUGAGGGGCAGCCGAGUCAGAAUGUCGUCUGAAGACACGCCAGUCACCCUGAACGUCGGGGGUUUCAUCUACACAACCCUCCGCUCCACGCUGACCCGCUAUCCCGAGUCCACCCUGAGCGCCAUGUUCACCCCCGCCCCCACCCUCAUGACCGACGAGCACGGCCGCUGUUUCAUCGACCGAGACGGCAAACUCUUCCGCUACGUCCUCAACUUCCUAAGAACCUCCGAGCUACUUCUUCCAAGGAACUUCGAGGAGCUGAGCCAACUGAAGAAGGAGGCUGAAUUCUACAACAUCCAGCCGUUUACGGAAGCGCUGAGUCAGUACCAGUUCGGACAGUUUGCCACCGUGCACGUGAUGAUGUCUACGAGCUCUAAAGUGCACAGCGCUUGUUUCAGGUUUCUGACGAGCGACAACACCACAAGAGAACGAGUCAAGGCUGCUCUCCAGAAAGCCAUCGCCAAGUACUUCGAACUAGAGCCCGAACAUGACUACGAGCUUCCCGAGGAGAUAUACACCACUCCGGAUGGACUGGCACUAGAUGUUGGAUCGAUGGAGAAAACGUCGUUGAACGAGGCACACAUUCUCCAGGCGCUGGUCAGAGCUGGGUUUACCGUGCAGGGAAGCAGCCACCACUGCUGUCAGCAGAACUGUUGUGAAUACACGUGGACAUUGGUGUGUCAGUCCUGCGGCGUCGCAGACCCUAUUUUCUUCACAACGAUUUGACUACGUCAUGUUUUGGGGACGCGGAGAAGGACGACACUUGACACUGGCGGAUAAUGAUGAUGACCCUAAAUCUGUGUCAUGAAACGCCAAAAUGGAGGACGCCAUCACAACUUGCAAUUGCAACGAACGAUACAACUUUUUGCGGGUGCCACCAGCUCUUGCAAUCUUUCCUGUAGGAUGUUUAGGCCAUUACGAAUGAGUUAUAACAACCUGCUAGUGCGUGUAUUUAGCGUUAGUUACGGGGUAAGCGGCCCUCCUGAUUGUAUAUAAAACAAUAUUUGUUUGAUGUUGCUUCCGACCAAAUGCUUUACCCAGUAUUUCCAUUUCACCAUUAGUGUUAAUGUUUGUAAAUCAAGCAAGGUGUAAAAAAAUUACCCACCUUUGUGUAAUGGCGAGUCGUUUAAAUUCUGUGGUGUUUGCGUUAAGAAACAUUAGCAGGCUUAAGUAUAGGAACUAUGGAUACUAAUGUGGUAAACGGCAGAAGCCCGGCUAUCAUAGCAACAGGGCUCCUAACAUUACAUGUAUCACAUAUGUCGCACGACAAGCACAUACGGCAACAAAAUAGGGACAUUCUUAGGGUAGUCAUGUAUCGCGGUGUCGCACGAGCUAUCUUGUGGCGGCAAGUCUUGUAUAUCCUUGGAGGUGAGUUUUGUCAUAGUCUGGCUGUAACAUGGCAACGUAUGUGAUUGAUUAAUCACAAGUGUCGUGUAAUGGGGAAGGAAAAUGGACACAUGUGUAACAAUGGUGGUCUCUCCUGCAUUCAAAAUCAUAGUAUUGUCUAUUUUGGGUGACAACUGUGUAUAACGUUACAUGUUAUUUGACGAAGCUUUUGAAGCUAAAUCCCCAGCGCACUAUCAUACGGAUGACGAAGCUUUGAAAUAUGUGCACAACGGAGAACGCACGCAUAUUCAUAAUUACUUACCGUAUCGGGAUUGAAUAUCUAUCGUAGGAAACAAAGAGGAGUUGUGAGCGAUCCAGAUUCUUACCCGAGGGCUAUUAAUGAAGGUAAUAUGAAAGGGGAUGGACAAAAAGUGUAAAACAAUAAACAGUUAAACA